AAGAGAAAAGAAAGGGUCUCUCUCUGUCUCUCUAUUGCUUCUUGUAGCGACCUGAUCGUGCGUGCAUGCAUGCACACGCUUCAUUGGUGCCUGGAUCGUAAGGCGGAAGACGGCGAUUUCCGUGGCUUGUUGCCGGAAAAUACCAACUUCGGCUUAUUAGGGAACGACGUCGAAGCGGGGGCUUCAUGGGGCGUCCGGCAGUCUGAAGGGAGUGAAGGAAAAAGGAUGGCGGCAUCUGGGAAGAGCGGAGAUGGGUACCUCUAGUUUCGUCGUGUCUGCGUCCCUGCAAGAGAAUCGAGUCGUGGGUAGCGGCGCAAGCCCGGUGACUGCGUUAUCCAUCCGUCGUUGAGACGAAAUGGCGGCGUUUUCCCAAAAAAAUUUGAUGUCGAAAGGGGGCAAAUAAGGAGGUGAGUGGCGAUGGGCUCGAGGGUUUGCAUGAAUCCGUGCUGCGGAUCGACGUCCACGAGUCGGUGGAUGGACGGAUGGCCGCUCCGGGCGGGUGGCUUUGCCAAUCUCUGUGAGGCUUGUGGGGAUGCAUACAAAAAAUCUACUUUUUGUAACAUGUUUCAUGAAAGUGAAAGUGGCUGGAGAAAUUGCAAGUCGUGCGGCAAGCGGCUUCAUUGUGGAUGCAUUGCAUCAAAAUCUAUGUUCGAACUACUUGAUGGAGGAGGGGUAGAGUGUACCAACUGCACAAAGAAUUCAAGUCAUUCUCUUACCCAUUGUGCAGGUCAACUAGCAACUUCACCACCUUCUUACACAGCACAGUGUUUGUCUUCAAGAUGUUCUAGUGAUGAAAGGAAAAAUGGCAUGAGUAUGUCACAACAAAAUGAUGCUGGUGGAAUCAUGUCAUCUGCUUUAGGUGCCAAGUUAGGCAGCAUUUCGAUGAAGGGGGGCUAUGUUUGGCAGUCAAGUAGGGAUGCCCAAGGCAGCUUAAAAAAUUGUAAGGUUUCCGAACAGACUGGUGGAAUGGGGGUGUCAGUUGAGAAGAUCAAAAGAGAGCAAGGUGCUUCUGUCGCAGAACCUGGAAGUGCAUGUUUUCCAAACAUGUGCACAAUUGGAUUGUCUCAGUCACUCAAUCAAGACACCCAUGAAUCCUUUGUAACAGAUAGGGAGACCUAUGGGUCGCUGACUAGUGCAUACUUGAAUAUCACCUUAGGGACUUCUAAUUCUGCCAGUUCAGUAAGGCCGGACAAUGCACUGAAUAAGACAAAACUGAUUAGUUCUUCAUCAGAAGGUAGAGAGCAGAUCAGAACGCCUUUCUCACAAGGCCAAAGAUCCCGUCACCCUUUGCUGAAACCUGCUAGCACAAGCCCCAGCACAGGUUCUGAGUCAUCAAAAGAUGUAGCACCACAGAUAAGAGUUGCACGCCCACCUGGUGAAGGAAGGGGGCGGAAUCAGUUGUUGCCCCGUUACUGGCCAAGGAUUACAGAUCAAGAGCUCCAACAAAUAUCUGGAGAUUCAAACUCAAAAAUCGUGCCCUUAUUUGAGAAGGUUUUGAGUGCCAGUGAUGCUGGUCGAAUUGGUCGUUUGGUACUCCCAAAAGCAUGUGCUGAAGCAUAUUUUCCUCCAAUCUCACAACCAGAAGGUCUUCCACUUACAAUUCAAGAUGCCAAGGGCAAGGAAUGGCUUUUUCAGUUCAGAUUUUGGCCUAAUAAUAACAGCAGAAUGUAUGUAUUGGAAGGUGUGACCCCUUGCAUACAGUCCAUGCAACUACAAGCUGGGGAUACAGUGACUUUUAGCAGGAUAGAUCCAGAAGGGAAGCUUGUCAUGGGAUUUCGGAAGGCAACAACUUCUUCAUCCAUUCCUGGAUCUUCUCAAGUUGCGACAACUGGGAAUGGGAGAGUUGCUGGUAAUGCAUACAUUUCUUCUACUAUAGAGAGUGGCUACUCAGGCCCUUUUCAUUCACCCAAAGGAAAUGCUGAUGGAUGUGUAAAUAACCUGUGUGGACAUUUGAAUAUAUCCGAUGCUGAUAUUGGCUGGCGUAAAGCUGAGAAGAAUGGAGGCAGAUCAAAAGAGGAAGUACAAUUGCAACAUUUUCAGGUUCAAGAGAAGAAAAGAGCUCGUAAUCUUGGUUCCAAGAGUAAGAGGUUGAUCAUUGACAAGCACGAUGCGAUGCAAUUGAAAAUUACAUGGGAGGAGGCUCAGGAUUUGCUUCGUCCUCCUCCAAGUGUCAAACCAAGCAUUGUCAUGAUUGAGGACCAUGAAUUUGAAGAAUAUGAGGAGCCACCAGUGUUUGGAAAGAUGACGCUUUUCACUUCCAGUCCUUCAGGGGAACAUGAUCAAUGGGCACAAUGUGAUGGUUGCUCAAAGUGGCGCAGGGUGCCUAUGGAUGCCCUUAUUCCUCCUAGAUGGACAUGCACAGAUAAUUCAUGGGAUCCUAAAAGGUCUUCAUGUUCUGCACUUGAUGAGCCGACCUCAAACAUGAUUGAGGAUACAAAAAAAUCGAUCGAGGAGCUUCACAAAUUGAAUAGAGACAUUAAAAAGCGUAGGUCUAUUGGUAGCCCAAAGCUCAUUCCACGGGACAUGUCAGCUCUUGAUGCUCUGGCAACUGCUGCUGUUCUUGGUGAGAAUGGUGAUACCACACCAUCAACAGCCACAACAACCAAACACCCACGCCACCGGCCUGGAUGCUCAUGCAUUGUGUGUAUUCAGCCUCCUAGUGGCAAGGGUCCAAAGCACAAGCCUACAUGCACAUGCAAUGUGUGCAUGACUGUCAGGCGUCGUUUCAAGACUCUGAUGAUGCGCAGGAAAAAGCGCCAAUCUGAACGGGAAACUGACACAGCCAGAAAGAAAAAUACCUGGACAAAAGAGGAUGGGGAUGUUGAGAGCGUACCCAAAUGCUCAAUCCGAAUUGAUGCAAGCAGCAAUGAGACAAAACAAGCUCACACACCAGACUCCAGCAUCCACAAAGUUGUUACUGAGAGGGAAGAGAUGGGCAACAUUUUGAAAGUCCCUACCAAAGAUGAGACAAAGGGCCAAAUCGAUUUAAACUGUGAUCCAGAUCGUGAGGAAGACCUGUUACCAGGUCCAAGCACACCGGGCGUCAGCAUGAUGACUCUCCUUCAGGUGGCGAGCUUGCCACUGGAUACCUACUUGAAGCAGCAUGGACUCACUAGCUUGGUUGGCGACCAGCAAACAAGAUCAAGCGUGCCAUUGCCAGGUAAGGAAAGUGAGACAAAGCCUGAUGAAAGUCAUUUUGCACCUUUGCAAGAACAGGUGGCAGCAGCUGCUGAAGCAGCUCAUCUUCCCGUGGAUCAAAUGAAAAAUGAAGCUACGUAAAGGCAGAUAAAGUUGUGCUUGUAUCACUUUCUUCUGCUUUCCACUCUGUAAUUGUAUCGUCUCCACACGCAGGCCGUUCUUUUCACCUUUAAUUAUUUGAUUUCUUUGUUUUUUUUUUCUUAUACUUGGGAAAUGGCCCAAGAUGAAGGCAGAGUUAGUGUUUCACUUGUACAAGAAUAUGCGUGGUCUGUUAAAAGUCAAUUUCACUUUAAUGAGAAAGGAAACGCUCAGUCUGGAAGAGUAGUUAAGGUA